GAUCCCCGCCCACAGCUUAUAAAAGAGACUGGGCCUCCAUGUUGCUAUCUUUUCUGCUCUCAGUUCAUUACAGACACCAUCUGGCAAACAAACUUUGGGCUCGGAGAUUUUUUAUUAACAAACAUUUUUUUCGUUUUCUCAACGAAACUAUCCGGACACGAUGCUUUCCUGUUACCUUUUCCUCAUUAUUUCUUUGAUGAUCUCCUUCCGAGACGUCCGUGUGUCCACCUUUGAUCUUAGCUGCACAAGUCCUGUGUUCACUCCGUCUGCACUGGUAGUGAAGUACGGUGACCCAGCCAAUGUUACAUGUGUUGUAUGUCAGAAGGACUGCAGUGGAGAUUCUUUUGGUUUGGAGCACGCUGUGGGAAAAGUUACACAAAAUGGAACCACGAUGAUCUGGACGGUUGACAGACUGACUGAAUGGGACACAUUUGUCGUGUGCUAUUAUAACAAUGAUGCUGGUGCUCAGUGUUUUAGCAUUCUGGAUAUAACCAUCUAUCAGCCUCCAGAAAGUGUCUCCAUCAGCUUUGUAAACCACACUGGGAUGAUGUUUGAGAAUCAGCAGUACACCCUGCAGUGUAGCGUACAGAACGUAGCUCCUGUUCAAAACCUCACUGUGACCUUCUACAGAGGAAACACAGCACUGGGUCACCUACAGUCCAACAGUGAAGAGAAGAAACCAGUGAAUGAGACCUUUAGUCUGAACAUCACUCCCAGUAGAGAAGAUAAUGGAGCCCAGUACUGGUGUGAAACCAAGCUGGAGCUGGGACCAUCUGGACCACAGCGCCCUCCAGUGGUGAUAUCAGAAAAACUCCCUGCUAUAGUUCACUGGUGGUUUACAGAUCCUAGCUGCACAGAGUUUCCUGUGUUCACUCCAUCUGCACUGAUAGUGAAGUACGGUGACCCAGCCAAUGUUACAUGUGUUGUAUGUCAGAAGGACUGCAGUGGAGAUUCUUUUGGUUUGGAGCACGCUGUGGGAAAAGUUACACAAAAUGGAACCACGAUGAUCUGGACGGUUGACAGACUGACUGAAUGGGACCCAUUUGUCAUGUGCUAUUAUAACAAUGAUGCUGGUGAUCCAUGUACUCACAUUCUGGAUAUAACCAUCUAUCAGCCUCCAGAAAGUGUCUCCAUCAGCUUUGUAAACCACACUGGGAUGAUGUUUGAGAAUCAGCAGUACACCCUGCAGUGUAGCGUACAGAACGUAGCUCCUGUUCAAAGCCUCACUGUGACCUUCUACAGAGGAAACACAGCACUGGGUCACCUACAGUCCAGGAGUGAAAAGAAGAAACCAGUGAAUGAGACCUUUACUCUGAACAUCACUCCCAGUAGAGAAGGUGAUGGAGCCCAGUACUGGUGUGAAGCCAAGCUGGAGCUGGGACCAGCUGGAUCACAGCGCCCUCCAGUGGUGACAUCAGAAAAACUCCCUGCUAUAGUUCACUAUGGGCCUGAGCUAAAGGAGCCACCAAAUCCAGAUGUGAUCACAAUCACAGAAGGAGACACUCUACACCUGAACUGCUCCUCUGUGGGAAACCCCAGCCCCUCAUACACCUGGACACUUCCAACAAAUAGUCCUUCCUACAGUGGCAGCGUUCUCACUAUUAAAUCUGUCGGCUUUGAGCAUGAAGGACAGUAUAUCUGCACUGUGAGCAACCCUAUAGGGACUGUCACCAAGGAGUUUAACAUUGAUGUACAAGUCAACUCCAUCCCAUAUAUAAUAGCUGGGAUGAUACUGGGAGCUCUGGUCCUUGUCGGACUGUCAGUGGGAUGCUACUGCAAACACAACUGAAUGGGACACAGCAAACUCAGUAAAAUUAUUGUUACUGACAGCUGAAGAAAUGACUGAAUGGUUAAAAUAUAUUUUUGAUUCUGAUUCUGAUGAGCAGCUUGUAACUUUCUAGCUUCUAAGUAAACUUGUUGUUUGGAAAAAGCACAUUUCCAAGGGAAGGUCUCCCCAUUUUUCCAUCUCUUUGUUUAAAUGUUACAGGUG